AUGGGGGGGGCUGCUAUGGCGGGGGGGCCAGGCAUGGGCGCAAUGGGGGCAGGCGUGGGCGCGAUGGGGGGGAUGGGGGGCGGACAGAUGGGCGGAGGGGGGCAGAUGAUGGGGGGAGGCGGGCAGAUGCCAUCAGGACCGAACGCCCCUCCUUGGUCUGCAGGCGCACUGGGGGGAGCAGGGGGAAUGGGCGCAAUGGGGGGAGGCGGGGGGAUGGGGUCGGGGCACAUGGGGGGAGGCGGGGGGAUGGGGUCAGGGCACAUGGGGGGGAGGGUGGCGGGGGCCCCAAGUCAGGGCAGCUCGGCCGGGUCUGUUGCCAAACAGGCGCUGCUUCAGGUGCGUUUUCAGGUGCUUCAGGUGCGUUUUCAGGUGCUUCAGGUGCGUUUUCAGGUGCUUCAGGUGAGGUUUCAGGUGCUUCAGGUGAGCAAUAACUUCAACCCCACCACUCAGACAAUGGAGCAGAUUCUGGUCUACGAGUUUGUGGAUAAUGGCGAUCUCGAGAAGUGGCUCAGCCAAGGUGAGAACAAUCCUCGCUCGCUGACCGCAAAGGAGCGAGUGCAGGUGAUGAUAGGCGUGGCGGAGGGACUGCAGUACCUGCACAGCUUUGGCAUCGUGCACCGCGACAUCAAGCCCGCCAACAUCCUGCUUGACUCGAAAAUGAAUGCCAAGGUGGCUGAUUUCGGGUUGGUGCGGCUGGGAGAGGGGACCUCAGCUACAAUGGCGUCGACACGAGUGAUGGGCACACCGGGCUAUGUGGACCCUGCCUAUUACAAGUCGCAGAAGGCCACUCCUGCCGCCGACGUGCACAGCUUUGGCGUUGUCCUUCUAACAGUCAUCACUGCUCGCCGGGCCAUCUAUGAAGUGGGGGACAAGCAGGUCAACAUCAAGGACUGGGUUGCCCCGCUUGUCGAUGCAUGCAACGCACAGGCCUUCCGGGACCCUCGACUCGACGCGCCCGACGAUCUCGUGCUGCGCCUCGCGCGCCUCGCCAUCGACUGCACCAAGGUGCCUGUCGCAUCACGACCGUCCAUGGCGCGCGUUCUUGCGGAGCUCAUGGAUAUGAAGGAGGCGUUCUUCGGGCCGGAGACCGACAAGGUGGUUUCGAGCAUCGACAGGGAGAUCGAUGAUUCGAAUAGUCUGGGAAGCUUGACAGUGGAGUUGAAGAAGGCGGAGCUGCUUGGGGCUGGCAGUGGGAGUGGGGGAUUAUAA